GCUCUUCGCUUCUGAAACGGAGUUGGCUCCGCGUCUUGGCUUGUUGCUCCUCGACUGACCAACCAUUCCUACGUAGUACAUCUCAAUUGCAUGCAAUGAGUGCAAACGGCGCAAGAUCAAGUGCAACGGCCAGACGCCCUGCCAGCGGUGCGGUCACCUGAACCUGCAAUGUCUCUACGCUCCCAACUGCUGCUCCAACUUCAAGGACUCGGACGAGUUCCGGCAGAUGGCCGAUCAGGUCAGGCAGCUGCAGCAGCAGGUUGACACCCUCUUCACUUCCCUCGAAUCGCUGAGACAGGAAACCGCCCGUCUCGCCCCGCUGCAGGACCGCGUCCUCCCUCUCCCUUCGGCCGCCGCGCCCGCCGCUUCACCCUUGACCUCGUCGAGCACCCAGUCCCGGCCGGCCCUCGCCUUCCGGGUCCCCUCGUUCUUCAACGGGCCAACCAGUAGCGCCUUCUCCGUCGGCGUUGCCAAGAACACCCUCAAAACGAUGGGAUAUUCAGGAGCCGGAGACGCCAGCGAGGACAGCGGCACGCUCCCGGACGCGACACCACAGACCUCCCCCAUGCUGGCGCCCGUAUCCUCCGGGGCCCCACUCCCACAGGGCCAGGCGCCCGCCGAUCCGAUCUGGGAGCUCGACGAGCCCGAGAUGAUGCGCCUCUUGCAGGUCUACCGCGAGGAAGUCGACGCCAUGUAUCCCGUAACCUCGGUUCAUUCCGUCGAGGAGCACAUCAAGUACAUCGCCGCCUGGAUGGACACGGCUAGGCGAACCGGCACCAUGCAGUCCCCGGGGUCCGCCGAGGUCAUCCAGGACACCAAGACCCUGCUGCUCAAGAUCGUAUUGUGCUGCGCUCUCAUGGUUGACGAGCACGGCAAUAGUGAUAGGGCCGCUCGCCUCUACGAAAGCAUCCAGCCGACCGUCGACAAGAUGCUCAUGACCCAGCCUGCCGACGUGACCAAGCUACCCUUCCUCGCCCUGUGCGCCGGCUAUCGCUACCUCUCCAACGACGAGGUGCUCGCCUGGCGGAUGAUGGGGCACGUCGCCCGCCUCUGUUUCGAGCUCGGCCUGCACCGGCGCGAAGGCCUGCAGAACAUCACCGACCCGGCUCUCCGCAGGGACGCCCUGCAUACCUUCUGGGCUGCAUAUAUCCUGGACCGCCGCUGGAGCUUUAGCACCGGCCUGCCGUUUGUGUGCCACGACGACAAGAUCGAUCCCAGGCUGCCAUACCCUGAGGGAUAUCCUUUCCUAGUAGCCAUGAUAGGACAUGCGAGGCUCGGUGCCAAGAUAUGGAGGCUUGUCGACUAUUUUGAACCUGCCAUCGUCCGGGAACUAAAGCCCCGCGACUUUGAGGAGCUGGAUCGUGAGAUUAUGGACUGGUACGAGAGCGUUCCGGAGGAGGUCAAGACCGGCCCGCUGGACGUGGACAAGAUGUCAGUCCCUUCAGGCCCGUAUGACAUCCAACGGUUGCGGAUAUGGACCCGCCUUCGGUUGAACCAGGUACGAAUUUGGCUGUACACGCCGGUUUUGCACAGCGCCAUCAGUAUCUUGAACAACGCGCCGCUCGCCCAAAGAGUGGUCGACUUAGCCAAGGAGACCAUCCGCCUCCUCGCACGCCUCAACAACGAAACCGACUUCUACCGUCGCAUCCAAGUUUUUUACCAUCAGUUUCUCACCUCUUCCAUAGCGGUGCUGUUCCUGGCUUCCACCCACGCCCCGCUGCAGUUCAGCGCAAACUGUCGAGAGGAGUUCUACAUGGCACUCGACCUCGUCAAGGAGCUGUCGGCCAAAUCCUGGGUGUCGCAGCGCCUAUGGCGCACAAUCCGCUCGCUGCGCGCGUACGCGCCUCGACUCGGACUCGAGGACAACCCGGGGCGCACGGCAGCCAGCGGGACGUCGCCCUAUGCGCACGCAGGUAGCGGGAGCACCGGCCACAGCCCCGGCUUGUCGGCAUCCUUCAACGGCGGUGGUAGUGCCGUGAGCCCUUCGCCCGCCAAGGGCCCCGCGGCCACGGCCCCCACCAACGCCAGCGCGGUGCCCACGCCGGGGUCGACGCGGCCGAUGCAGCUUGACGAUUCCCUCAGUAACGGUCUGCGGCUGCAGAGUGAAAUGUCGCGGAUCUAUGAAGGUUACACCUGCGUGACGAGUGCGGUCGGGGCCGAAAGUACCACCGGCAGCAACAGCAUACCCGGGCCUGCGGCGGCGGCACAAUUGGAUUAUGACGAACUCGAACUGAGCAUUGGUGGGUGUGGGGGCGGGCAUGGAUUCUCACGCCAGGGAGACGGGAGCGUCUAUGAGCACAUGAAGGGCAUGUUCUAAAAGGACCCGAUCGGAUUUUUUUUCCCCGCCGUGCCGCUCGCUGCAGCCCGCCUCGCCUUCUCUACUCCUUGACGUGGGAGCGACGCCGUACAAGGGCAGCUGGGGUUAGUUCUUAACCGACGUGUCCACGCCGCGUUAGUUGUGUAAGGCUUGACUGGAGGCAGCCUGCAGACUCUUCCAUCCAACUUGAUCGGGGUGACAUCAAGUGGAAAGUUGACCUUGUUACUCUUUCACGGCGAUCCCGUAUCACUGGAUGGCCCCUUGUGCUCUCGAGACUGCCGUUUUGCUCCCAAACUCUUUUUGACGUGUCCGGGUCCCAUUGCCAUCAAGAACCGCUCAACUCACACUGCCGACAGGAGGAGGCAGGUCUGAGAGGAUCGAAGGGGCGGGAGAAAAGGGGGGCGGCUGGCAAGCGAAUGACAAUGCCGUUGUCCUCUCGCAGACUGUCUUCCUGGCCCAAUCUGAGUUUGUUCAUGCAAGGGAAGACCCAAGGUUUCCUUAU